UCUGUGCGGCUGUUAAUGUUGAUUUCCGCUGGUGGACUUUGGAUCAGAUCGGGUGAAACUUUAACAGCCCCCGCCGCGGUGGGGGAGUCGGCUGUCCGCGGUGGGGGAGUCGGCUGUCCGCGGUGGGGGAGUCGGCUGUCCGCGGUGGGGGAGAGCAGGAGCCGUUUGGAUGAGAGGAGCAGAAUAAUUGACCUGAAAGAGAAGAAGCUGGUGGAGGAGAAGGAGAACGGUAAAGAUGCCGCCACCAACGGGAAGGAGAACGAGGAGAACGGCGAGCCCGACGUAGACGACGAAGAGGACGAGGAGGUGGAUGAGGAGGACGAGGAAGAUGACGGAGAAGGCGAAGAGGAAGACGAGGAGGACGAUGACGACGACAUCGAAGGCGGCACAAAACGGGCAGCUGAGGACGACGACGAAGACGACGAGGACGACGUCGAAACCAAGAAGCAGAAAACCGACGACGACGAUUGAUGUGUUUCCCCCCCGCCGGCGCCAUCCUGCUGAACCACUUCCUGAUUCUUCACCUGUGACUGUUUUUGUAUGUCGCAGGUGGAGGAGCUGGAGGACUGAUUUAAAGGAAAAAAAUAAAAAUAAUAAUAAAAAAAUAAACAUGGUCAUUAGCAAGUAGAGUUCAACAAACAUCGACCACACUCGCCCUCGAUCUCCCCUCCAACUGAUAACAAAUUUUCUAGAGGAACUCGCCACCACAUCGACGCAGAAAUCCGGCUUCAACAACAAUAACAAACAACAACAAACAACAACAACAAAGGAGAAUUUGUUUGUAUUUUUAUUUACAUUUUAUAUUUUUGUACAUAUUGUUAAGGGGGGGGGUCAGUUUCUCUCCCGGCAGCGAUCUCGUCAGACCAAAUCGGUGCUUCUUUAACGAAAGAUUUUACUUGGUUGACCGUGUCAGGAUCUGUCCGCAGAUACAACGUGUAAAAACAGUCAAAGACCUUUUAAAGCCGUUGAACUCAGAGCAUUCCAGUAAAUUUAAUGUAUGUACUUUAGCUGUACCAUAACUAGUUUGUUUGUAUGGGAGGGUAAGGCCAAAGAAAAGAGCCUCUUUUCUUUUUCCUGUUUUAUUUUCUUUGUUUUUGUCAGCGACUUUUGGUUUUAUGACGGCCUGUUUUGAUGUAUGUGCGAAGUUUGUUGUUUGACAAUAAACCGGACUUUUAUUUUGUGAGUUGUA